GGUGUUGCUGUGUGCGGUUCUGCUUGGUAUUUAACUCGUCUCGCUCGGGGUCCUGAAGUUGUUUGGGAUAGAAAAAAUAACCCACAACCAUGGAAUAACAUUGACCAAGACACUCAAGUUAAACUUUUUGCAAUCAAUCAAAAAUUCGACAAAAA